AUGGCUAGAGAAGUUACCGACAUUAAGCAAUUUUUGGAAUUGACCAGAAGAGCUGAUAUUAAAACUGCCACCAUCAAGGUUAACAAGAAAUUGAACAAGAAGGGUAAAUCUUUUAGACAAACCAAAUUUAAGGUCAGAGGUUCUAAAAACUUGUAUACUUUGAUCGUUGACGAUGCCGCCAAAGCCAAGAAAUUGAUCCAAGCUUUGCCACCAACUUUGGAAGUUAACAAAUUAUAA